CGACCCCGUCGCAGGGGGGCGGAGCGGCGGCCAUUUUGCUCUCUUCCCCCAGCGCGAGCCAGAGGCAGCCGCGGGUGCAGCGAAGAGCCAGAAGCCGCGUCGUCUCUUUUUCCGCCCGGCUCGCCUCGACGAUGCUGUCCGUGCGCGUAGUCGCUACGCUCGCCCGGGCCUUGCCCCGCCAGGCCGGCUUGGUGUCACGGAAUGCUUUCGGUGCAUCAUUUGUAGCAACAAGGAACUUCCAUGACUCUAAAACAACUCUACAGAAAACUGGCACUGCUGAAGUAUCUUCUAUCCUUGAGGAACGUAUUCUGGGGGCCGACACAUCUGCUGAGCUCCAGGAAACUGGGCGCGUGCUUUCCAUCGGUGACGGCAUCGCCCGUGUGUAUGGCUUGAAAAAUGUUCAAGCGGAAGAAAUGGUGGAAUUCUCAUCUGGGUUGAAGGGUAUGUCUCUGAACUUGGAGCCUGACAACGUUGGUGUGGUAGUGUUCGGUAACGACAGAUUGAUUAAGGAAGGUGACAUUGUCAAGAGAACGGGGGCCAUUGUGGAUGUGCCCGUUGGGGAGGAGCUGCUGGGGCGUGUGGUCGAUGCUCUGGGGAACGCCAUCGAUGGGAAGGGUCCCAUCACUUCCAAAACCCGCAGGAGGGUUGGCUUGAAGGCUCCUGGAAUCAUCCCCAGGAUCUCUGUCCGUGAGCCCAUGCAAACCGGGAUCAAGGCAGUAGACAGCCUGGUACCCAUUGGCCGUGGGCAGCGGGAGUUGAUCAUUGGAGACAGGCAGACUGGCAAAACUUCAAUUGCUAUCGAUACCAUAAUUAACCAGAAAAGAUUUAAUGAUGGAACUGAUGAAAAGAAGAAGCUGUACUGUAUCUACGUUGCCAUUGGUCAGAAGAGAUCGACGGUUGCUCAGCUGGUGAAGAGGCUUACUGAUGCAGAUGCCAUGAAGUACACGAUCGUGGUUUCUGCCACGGCCUCCGAUGCUGCCCCUCUCCAGUACUUGGCUCCUUAUUCCGGCUGUUCCAUGGGCGAAUACUUCAGAGACAACGGCAAACAUGCUUUGAUCAUCUACGACGAUUUAUCUAAGCAGGCCGUGGCCUACCGCCAGAUGUCUCUCUUGCUGCGGCGCCCCCCUGGCCGUGAGGCGUACCCGGGCGAUGUCUUCUACCUCCACUCUCGUCUUCUGGAAAGAGCAGCCAAAAUGAACGAUGCCUUUGGAGGGGGAUCCCUGACUGCCCUCCCGGUCAUCGAGACUCAAGCCGGCGAUGUGUCGGCCUACAUUCCAACGAACGUGAUCUCCAUCACCGAUGGACAGAUCUUUCUGGAAACCGAACUGUUUUACAAAGGUAUCCGUCCAGCCAUUAACGUGGGUCUGUCUGUGUCUCGUGUCGGUUCUGCUGCCCAGACAAGAGCCAUGAAACAGGUGGCUGGAACCAUGAAGCUCGAGUUAGCCCAGUACCGUGAAGUUGCUGCUUUUGCCCAGUUUGGAUCUGAUCUGGAUGCUGCCACUCAGCAGCUGCUCAACCGUGGGGUCCGUUUGACCGAGUUGCUUAAACAAGGACAAUACGUUCCCAUGGCCAUUGAGGAGCAAGUUGCUGUUAUUUAUGCUGGAGUCAGAGGCCACCUGGACAAGUUGGAACCUAGCAAGAUCACCAAGUUUGAACAGGCUUUCCUUGCUCAUAUUAUAAGCAACCACCAGCCCCUGCUUGGCACAAUCAGGACCGAAGGGAAGAUCUCUGAGCAAACAGAAGCCAAGUUGAAGGAAAUUGUCACACAGUUUCUGUCUACAUUUGAAGCAUAAACUUUUAGAAAGUUCUGUGCAUCAGGAUACCUCUGUCACUGACCGCUGGUAUUGCUUAAGUUCCAUUUUUCCACAAAGACUUCAAAAAAUAUGUGUGAGUUGAGUGUGCAGGUCUCAGUGAGAAUUUACGGUUCCGUGCCAGCCUUCGACAUAGUCCUCACCGUGAUGGGAUCUAGUUGACCGCUGGCAGGAUUGCGUACAAACUAAUGGCAAAUAAAAUCUUACAAACCAUA